AUAGAAAAAGAUACUAAACUGCAAGCUCUCCUGCUUGUUUUAUGAAAGACCAAUAUCCACAUAAAUUUUUAAGAAAAAGAAAAGUUAUCAUUUUGCAUCUUAGCGUACUACAUUUUCAUAGUGAAGGAACUCUACAAGCUAUUGAUAAGUGCAUAAUGGAACUUGCUUCUUCCCACACAGUGAAUUACCAGAAUGCAGGUAGCAGUUACCUGACACUGCUCUUUUUCAGAAGGUGCAUAAUGAGUGUACAGAUAGAAAUGUUAAUAUAGAGAGACAGUCAGAGGCUCAGGGGACUGAAUACAACCACUAAACAAAUUUGUUUUGCGUUUCUAGUCAAAAUCCUCCAUAAGCAGAGGCCACCGAAGCUCUCACUGUCUAAGAAGUAUUUAAGAGCAUGCUUCAGGACAUGCAGUUUCAGGUUUUGUGGUCCUAAAUCUGCCUAUGGAUCCACUCUACAGAACAGCAACACGACUAGUAAUGUGAAGAGGCAUCCUUGAUAGUUCCAGAAGUGAACAGAUGGGAAGGGUGCCAGUACCAAUGUGUUUUGAUGCCUGCAGUUACUCUUUACAGCACCUACCUAAGACACAGUCUAGCAUGGUCCAAGGUUUGUUCUGUAGACUUUCCUCUGGAAGUGCUAACACACCAUACAACCUAUUAGAAAGAAAUGCAACAGUGCUGUAGGUGUGGAUUCCUGCCAAAAUGAUCCAUUCAGUGCUUUGGAAUGGACUGAGUCAUUGGCAAAAACCCACAAUCAAGACAGUCAAGAACAAAAUGUAUUAAAAAAUAUACAUUUGCUUAUGUUACUAAAAAUGGUAGAUUGCCAAAAGUGACUAAGAAUAAUUGCUUCUUUAUAUUUCAUUCUGCCUGUGCAAUGAAAUUAAAUUGGCCUGCUUAGUCACAUAUUUUGCUUGGAGUCACUGUUUUACUCCCAUGAAAGUCAAAGGGUUUCAUACAUUUUAUUUUGAUAUGACAACAUAAGCAUUUAGAAAAAUAAUAAGACAAAAAUAUCUAUCCUAUUUUCAACAGUGUAAAAAUAAGUUCAGACGUUUUCACUGACACACAGUUUAAUGAAAGGUUUUGCUUGAGGGACUAGAUUUUGGAACAUAAAGCACAUCCUUGAGAGAGGUCUGUUAGGAAGAAAGUCAUGAAAUACUCCGUGAAGCUACACAUGAAAGCUUUUUAAUUGGGUGAUAAUUGACUAUUCUAUUUUUCCAUUAGUAAUAUCUGGAUCAGAAUCAAAAUUAAUAAGAAAGAGUCCUUCCUUUAUAAUGAUUUUAAGUGACUGUAAAACUAUUUCGUCCCUAUUUUGAACCUGAAGAGCAAAUAAAAAGUUUGAGGAUAUUUGCUGAAGUUUAUGAAACUCAGAACCUCUUGUAGAUUCUUUUUUUAUGCCAUCCUGUUUGCAAACAAAGAUAUUUUUUUUCUCUGUUUGUAACUGUUCUGUUUUCAUCUUUGAAGUCGUGGCUACUGAAUUAAGUGGUAAAAAGAUAAAUUUUCAUGGUUACAUCUCUGAAUUAAUUUGAAAGAAGAUAAAGCAGAGGUAUUUAUGAUAUUUCAUGAUAGAAAAAAGAUAAUCUGUCCUUGAACCUUGUCCUCUAAGGAUCAGUGCAGAGAGUCUUAUUUUGAUUAACUUGUAAAAGAUGAAUUAGGGAUUGGGGGAAGGAGAACAAAGGAAAGGCGAAUCCUUAAUUACAAUCUUAAGCAACUGUGUGCAAUCAUGUUUCAGGAUUUUCUUGCCUGAAUACAUCUUAUUAAGUUGGAACCAUGCACUCAGACACUCCACAACUUGGAGAAUGUAGAUUGCUUCUAGUUGCUCUCUUUAAACCACUACUUCAGUUCACAAAUGCCAUGUUGAAUUGCCUCCCUCUGAUUAGAAGGGUGACAUUGGAAAUCACGUCUGAAAGUGAAGCUUAAAGACAAGAAAUAGCAGUUACAUAUUACAUUUAUUAAAAGAGUUAUGCAUGCUGAAAUUGUGUAUUCAAAGACUAUAAACUAAUUCAGAAAUUAAAAUAAUUUUUAAAAAACCUUUGUGAUCCAAACCAAUUGUUUUGUUGCUGUUUUUUUCUCAUUGAAGUGACUUUAUCUGCACAUUACUUUAUUAGUGUUGACAGCACACUUCAUAGUAUAAUGUAUAGUAGGAAUGGAAAGUAAUUAUAUAUUCACAUGAUUGGUUUGUUUAUAUCAUGUUGAAAAUGCUUUUCUGGUAGAUAUAACCCAAAAGUCAUUGGCCAAGGUGCAUCUCUUACAGUUGCCCUUGGUACAGUCCAUUGUUCUAAAAACAGUAGGUGUUAAAAAUAUUUUUGUCCGUGAAAAAUGUCAGUUCAGCAGCUCUGCCAACAUUUGGAACCUCUGCUUUUUUUUUUUUUUUUUUUUUUUCUUCAGGAGGCGUGCUGACUCCUGGCUGAUCACGUUUCAGUUGUGGAUCUGUUUCGUUCUGCAGACCCAAACGGCUUCAGCACUGCUGGAGGGAGGCACAAAGUUCGUGCUGCCGCUUUCCCAGCCGGACCACGUCCGAACAAAGCAGGUACCCAUUACACCAUUUCUUUGGUGAGGGCUGUUCAGCAGUGGUGACAUCUUCCAAUCGGCCACUCUGCAGAUUAUUAUCUCUGGACUCCCAGCUGACACCGUGUCGGAGGCUAGAGCUACUGAGACAACUGGAAUUGUGCCUGCUUUGGUCAAGGCUUUUUCUUUCACCGAGGAGAAAAAAAAAAAAAAAGAUGAAGUUGGGAAAAGUGGAGUUUUGCCAUUUUCUUCAGAUACUCUCUCUUUUCCUGUGUCUUUCUGGGAUGAAUCAAGCAGAGAUCACAAGGUCCAGGUCAAAGCCCUAUUUUCAAUCAGGGAGGACGAGAACCAAACGCAGCUGGGUGUGGAAUCAGUUCUUUGUGCUGGAAGAAUACAUGGGUACAGACCCACUCUAUGUAGGAAAGCUUCACUCUGAUGUUGAUAAAGGAGAUGGUUCCAUCAAAUACAUCUUGUCAGGCGAAGGGGCAAGUUCCAUUUUCAUUAUUGAUGAGAACACGGGGGAUAUUCAUGCUACAAAGAGGCUGGACCGAGAGGAGCAGGCCUACUACACGCUCCGAGCACAAGCUCUAGAUAGGCUGACUAAUAAACCCGUGGAGCCAGAGUCUGAGUUCGUCAUUAAGAUUCAGGACAUCAAUGACAAUGAGCCAAAAUUUCUGGAUGGUCCCUACACUGCUGGAGUUCCUGAGAUGUCUCCUGUGGGUACCUCUGUGGUUCAAGUGACAGCCACUGAUGCAGAUGAUCCUACUUACGGCAACAGUGCUCGAGUGGUUUACAGCAUAUUGCAAGGACAGCCUUACUUCUCUGUGGAGCCCAAAACAGGUGUUAUCAAGACUGCCCUUCCAAAUAUGGACAGAGAAGCCAAGGACCAGUACCUGUUAGUUAUCCAAGCAAAGGACAUGGUUGGGCAGAAUGGGGGAUUGUCAGGGACUACAUCUGUGACUGUCACCCUGACAGAUGUAAAUGACAACCCGCCCCGCUUCCCACGCAGAUCUUAUCAGUAUAAUGUCCCAGAGUCUUUGCCAGUGGCUUCUGUGGUGGCCAGAAUAAAAGCUGCAGAUGCAGAUGUUGGACCUAAUGCUGAAAUGGAGUACAAGAUUGUGGAUGGUGAUGGCUUGGGAGUAUUCAAAGUUUCUGUUGACAAAGACACCCAGGAGGGAAUCAUAACUAUUCAGAAGGAGCUGGAUUUUGAAGCUAAGACAAGCUAUACCUUGAGGAUAGAAGCAGCCAAUAUGCAUGUUGACCCUCGUUUCCUGAGUCUGGGGCCCUUCAGUGAUAUGACAACAGUGAAGAUAAUUGUAGAGGACGUUGAUGAGCCACCUGUGUUUACCUCCCGUCUGUACUCCAUGGUGGUGUCCGAAGCAGCAAAGGUUGGCACAAUCAUUGGAACUGUAGCAGCCCAUGAUCCCGAUGCCUCAAACAGUCCUGUCAGGUAUUCGAUAGAUCGAAACACGGAUCUGGAGAGGUAUUUCAAUAUUGAUGCCAACAGUGGAGUCAUUACAACUGCCAAAUCUUUGGACAGGGAAACUAAUGCUGUUCAUAAUAUCACAGUUUUGGCCAUGGAAAGUCAGAAUCCAGCGCAGAUUGGGAGAGGCUAUGUAGCCAUCACAAUCCUUGACAUCAACGACAAUGCCCCUGAGUUUGCCAUGGAGUAUGAGACAACUGUCUGUGAAAAUGCUCAGCCGGGUCAGGUGAUCCAAAAAAUUAGUGCAAUUGAUAAGGAUGACCCACCAAAUGGCCAUCAGUUCUACUUCAGUUUAACAGCAGAGGCAGCAAAUAACCACAAUUUUACAUUGCAGGACAACAAAGAUAAUACUGCGACAGUAUUAACCAAAAGGAAUGGGUUUCGAAGACAGGAACAGUCUGUUUUCUACUUGCCAAUAUUCAUAGUGGACAGUGGAUCACCUUCACUUAGUAGCACUAAUACUCUCACCAUCAGGGUCUGUGAUUGUGAUGCAGAUGGUAUUGCUCAGACAUGCAAUGCAGAAGCAUACAUCUUGCCUGCAGGACUUAGCACCGGAGCCCUGAUAGCAAUAUUGGCUUGUGUCUUGACACUGCUAGUUCUUGUCUUGCUGAUUGUCACCAUGAGGCGACGGAAAAAAGAGCCCCUCAUUUUUGAUGAAGAGAGAGAUAUCAGAGAAAACAUUGUCCGGUACGAUGAUGAGGGUGGUGGAGAAGAAGACACAGAGGCUUUUGACAUGGCUGCCUUGAGGAACCUCAACAUCAUGCGAGACACCAAGACCAGAAGGGACGUGACACCUGAGAUUCAGUUCUUGAGCAGACCGACUUUUAAAAGUAUCCCAGAUAAUGUCAUUUUUAGGGAAUUUAUCUGGGAAAGACUAAAAGAAGCUGACGUGGACCCCUGCGCGCCGCCCUACGACUCCCUGCAGACGUACGCCUUUGAGGGGAACGGCUCGGUGGCGGAGUCGCUCAGUUCUUUAGAUUCCAUCAGCUCAAACUCUGACCAGAACUACGAUUACCUCAGUGACUGGGGCCCUCGUUUUAAAAGGCUUGCAGAUAUGUAUGGGACCGGACCAGAAUGCUUAUACUCCUAGCCUUGGAACCUUUCUCUGAAAAUGCACUGAAGAAUCUUAAAACAGAAAACUCAACCUAAAAGACUGAGGAAAGUUGUAAAUAUUUUCCCAUUUUUUAAAUUUUAGGUUGGUUUUGGUUUUUUUUUUGUUUUUGCCUUGGUGGAACAUAUCUUCAUUAGACUUAUCCUAGGGACUGCACUGACCACACAGAAUAUGAGCAUUUGGUGGCAUUUUUGAUAAAAUGAAAUGCUCAGCCACGUUCAAAUAGAUAGCAACCCUGAAAUACCUGCGAGGCAACUCACUUUCAAGAGUAUGUUACAAAGUCACCUCAGUGAGCCAGCAUCUGUAGAUGCCUUCACAGUAUUGCUAUACUGAGAAUACAGAGUCCCUGUUUUAAGAAGAAACAAAUUUUCAAAUAUAUAAUUCAAUACAAUAUUACAGUACAUUGUAUUUACACAGGCAAGGUUUUUUUUAGCAAAUUUUCUUUACUCUGUGCAUACAGCUUACUAAAACAAAAGCAGAAGGACGGAUGAAAACAAACAAAAGCCCAGGAAAUAUUUUUUGUGUUUCUUCUGAGCUAUUUAAUCAGAAAUUUCUGUAAUUUUCUGUGUUGUUUUCAAGAAAUUAUUGUUUGUACUAAGAAAUUCCACAAUGUAUUGUCAACUUACAAAGUAGUUUAAAAUUCACAUAAAACUAUAAAUAUGGAGGUGUAGUCCUAUGGAUGGGAAGUUUUGUGAUGCCCAUAUAGGUAUAGAAAAGGUGUUGCUAUCUAUUUGCUAUUUUUUAUUCUCUCUUCUGAUUUGUACAGGAGAAUUUAUCCUUUUUUAUUAUUGUUUGACAUAAAGUGUUAUAUUUAUUUUGGAACUCCAGUCUCCACUAAAUUCAGGUCCAUUUUACUGCCUCAUGGUUUUAGACUUGUCAGAACAUGCUGAUUUUUCUCCAGUCUAAGAUAAAUGUAGGAAAUGAAGCAUGGAAGUGGAAAAAUUACAGUAAACAAGGCCACCCGCCAUUCAUGCCACAGAAAGGAGAGCAGCUCCAAGGAUGUGCAGUUGUUCUUCUGAGCCAUUACAAAGUCUGAGACAUUUAAAGAAGAUAUUUGUACAUUGAAUUUUUUUGAAAGAAGACUGCAGAGGUAGCUGGGAGUGUCUUAAUGCAAGAUUUAAUUUUCAAGGUUAAACAUGCUAUAUGCUUCAAAGACUGUAAACACCUCACUCUUCUUCUUCCCUUCUCUUUUGCUGCUGAUGAAUCACAGUAAAAGAUUUUUCUAUUUCUUUCUUAUGUUAAACAAUGUAAAACUAUUAACUUCAGAGGUCAUCUUUAGAUCCUGCUGCACAUAAGUAUUAUUUCCCCAAGGUGUUAGCUCACUACACAUAAUUUCUAUGCUGGUUCAGGAGUGCCAAAACAUAAGGACAACUAUUAUUGGUUAAUAUACUGUAUCAUUUUGAAGUAGGAUUUCUUAGAAUAAGACAACUUUUUUUAUGAUUCCGACAAUAUUUAUACUUCAUCUUUCAUGAUUUAUUACUAGAUAAUAAGACAUAUAUUCAAGUAAAAUAGUGGGUUUAGGUAUUAUUUCAGAUUUUUUUUUGUUUUAGAUAUAAUGUAGAUGAGUUCCUAAAUUAGAAUCUGUUCCUGCAAAUUUUUUGCUUGUACCUAACUGGAAAUUACUUACCUGCCUGCAAUUACUGAGGUACACUGCAUUGUUUACAGAACUGUGUUUGUGAACAGAAGGUGCUCCACAGAGAAUGAUGCUCACUCUAAAACUACUUCUUUCUGAGAGAAGGAUCCUUGUACUGAAAUCUUAAUGUAUGAGUGAUGUGAGGCUGGGGGAUGGGAAAUUAUCAUUAAGGCUCUUUAAUUUUUGCAGCCCAGCAUUAUCAAUUAAUUAUGUGAAAGUGGCCUUCAGCUCCAACAGAAAAGAAAAAUAAUUUUAAUCAUCUACAACAUUCUUAAUUUGAGUUACAUGUUAAUAGACAAUCAUUGUUUCAUAAUUCAGUAGAUUUGCUUCUAGUUGUAUGAAAUAUAUAUAUAUAGGCAUAUAUAUAUAUAUAUGACAGAUUUUGUAAUGGAACUGAAAGAUAUCGUCCAUGACUUUUAGUCAUACAUGUAAGAUUUUCAAUAAAAGUAUUAAAAAUAGGAAAAAAAGAACCAUGUGUAUACAGUUUAAUGAGAGCAAGAUAUGCUGCAGAAUAUAAGCAGGUAUUAAAUCAGCGAGGUUCUGAAAGAACAGUUUUCAUUAAUCUCCUUGUUCUUUGCGGGAAGAUAAUUCAUGCAUCUGAAUUAAGAUGUCAAAAAUGUUGAUUUUACCACAUAACAUUCAUAGGAGAUUUAAAUGUGGUUUAGAGUAAACAGCCCAAUUUCCUUGAUUUUCUACCUUCUGUAUCUGUAAAAAACCCCAAAACCUCCAUUAUUAGGAAACUAUGUUAGGGUGGAGUUUCUUUGAUGUGCUUUCUGCAGAAAAAAAUAUGCUUUAUUCUGAUACCAUGAAAGUUGUGCAUGUUUUCUGUUGCACAGUUCUAAAUUAAGUUUGCUGUUGCAUUCUACAUGCUUCCCUGCUGAUUGCAUUGUUGCAGUUAGAAGGGAAGGUGAAAAUCCCCUAUAUUUGGUGACAGAUAUUACUAUAGCAUACACACAAGGGUGUGUGUAAUAUGAAUGCUAUAUAAUGCUCACCUAAACUUACCACAACUACAGGUUUUUACAGUUUGUAAUCUGAUUCCAAUUUUGUUGAGUCUUACUUAUGGUGCAUAGCUGGAUGGCAUAAAGUACAUUCUACUGACUAAAUACUAUAAAAUGUAAAAAAUAUUUUUUCUGUCCUGGAAAGGUGAUGAAAUUAUUUGGCAAAUUAAUUAGACCAGGCCUUUAAAAAUACUUCCAAUCAUAUUUAUUUAUUUAACUUUCUGAAGAGCUUCAGUAUCUAACUAGAAGCCACAAAUCAUAGACAAAAAAUAGGUCAAACAUUGCAGUCUCUCCGAACUUUCAGCGGAAUAACAUGUCUUUCCUUCUGCCAUAUGCCAAUGGAAUAAGCUUAUUUUAGAUUGAGAUUUCCAAGAAUCUUGAAAAGUGCAGAGUUUUAAGAGUGCUACUAAAAUACUCCUGCAUAAAAUUAAGCUGUUUGAAGAAGACUUAAGGGGAAGACUUCUUACUCUGUUUUGACCAGUAUGAAAUCUACUGAAUUCAACAGAUUCAAACAAUGGACAUUUUGACUAAUAUUCCCUAUUCAAAAGAAUAAAUUUAGCAUACGUUAGGUUCUAUUCCCACUAAGACAUAGCACGGGCCUUCCUAAGCCUCCUAGUUCUGAUGGCUGCUUAAUAUAAUCACUGCAGGACUCAUGAACUUUGAUGUUACAAACUGAAAUUUCUCCUACUCUCAAAGAAUUAAGGGAGAAAAAAACCCUCAAAAAAUAAACUAGUUCCUUUUUACUCUUUUAUUUGUUGUUUUGAAAGGGACAAGGAGGAUUCAUCAAAAUGUCCUUUUUCAGUUAAAGUCUUUUCUAAAUUUUUUUUUCCUCUUUACACUUCAAGUGUUAGCAAUAAUUAAUUAAAAAAUCCUGUCUUUUUUAUUUUAGAAGUUUUGGAUGAAAGCAUGUUAUGAAAUAUAAAAUUGCAGCAUCUUAUUUUUAUGGACAAAUACUCUUGUAUGAUAUAAAGAAAAUUCAUAGUUUGUCAUUCUGAAAAGGAAAUAAAUAUAAAUAAAGCAUACAAUUUAUUGGCUUUUAAGAUCCUUAAAGAGUUUAAAAGUGAACACAAUUACCUAUAUCAAAUCUAGUAUUAAAUUCUUGGUUGCAGUCCUUCAUGUGACUGAUUUUAAUUUUUUUAAUACAGAUUUUUUUUGUCUACUUUAGAAUCUAUAUAGAGUAAUACUGCUUUGGGGCAUCGUUGUCUUCACUUCAUUAGUGGUAGAAGAGGUCAAGUAUAUUUUUACUGGUCUGUGACUCUAAAAUGGAAUUGCUAAAGAUAGAAAUGUCACUUUAUUUGACAGAAACAGGAAAGUCUACAAGACCUCUAAAAAUUGCUUUUUUAACUAUGCCAUCCUUAAGUCUGACAGAUCUACAUCUAAAUUUUUCAGAUGAAUCCUAAGAUCUAUUUUCACCCAGGAAUGAUUCCUUCUACACCAAAAAUUAUUCUUCAGUUCAUUUUUAAUGCAGCUAAAAAUGCAUUUUAUUGGUCACUGAUUUUUGAAAAUAGAUUUCUUCCUUAAUUUUUGUUCUUUGAACUAGGGGAAUCUCAGUACACAAUCUAAUCUAUUUUCUACAUGAAGGGAAUGAAAAAAAAUCUACAUAACAUAGGCUCUACUUUGUUACUAUAAUUUACCUUUUCUCAGAAAAGAAAGAAAUAAUAUUUUCCAAUGGUACAUAAAAUCCAUGAAACCUUAGACCAUACAAUUGCCUACAAAAAUGUAACAAUUGAAAAAACUUGAUUUUUCUCAUUAUUAUAUGACAUGAGAUUGUAAUGGAAUCUUUAUGCGAAGCCUUAUAUAUCUGAUCAAACACAAUGAAAGAAGAAAUAAGCAUAAGAAUUUUCUGGAAAUCAGGAGAACAUCUCAUUUGAAGCCACAGUGGUGCAUUGCAAACACUCCUCACAUGUGAACACAUAUUUUCUAAAAUUAUGUGUAUGUUUAAACAUUCGACUCCCAAAACAUUUAUUUUAAAAUACUUUUUUUUUAUCAGAGAGUAUCUGGAAAAAAGUAAUCCUACUCUCAAAAACUUUGUUUAUCCCCAUCAAUGACUGAGAAAGAAAAAUAUAAUUUAGAUUCAGACAAAAUUUUUAAUAUUGCCCCCACAAUGAAAGCAAAUUGGUGUCAUGUUUUGACCCAAAAUAGUUUAAAUGAUGCUAGAAGUGUUGCAAGGACUGUGAUUUCUGUGAAUUUUUCAAAAAGAUUGUAUCAGAUUGAAAUUCCUAUUCCUAGAAAUAAUAUGAGGUUUAACUGGAGUUUAAUAUUUGGAUGAUUAACUAAGGUCAUAAACCUGUUGUGAUGGAUGCUGAACCAUUACUAGGGGAAAAAUCAACGAUUUUACUUUCUUCUUCUCUUCACCAGGAUCUCCGUCAAAGUCAGAAUUUCAGUUUCCACCAAAGCAAAAUCAUGUCAAAUAUAAGUUGAACACAGCAGGCAGUUACAUGUUGUCUCUUCCUCACAAAGGCUAAAAGACAUUUACCUUAUUCUACUCACAUAUUCUUUUCUGAUUAUGUCUUGACUGCCUAGGUCAUUCUACCUGAGACCUGUGAAGUUGUUGUGGUUGCGGGGUUUUGGGGGGUGAUGUUUGCUUAUGUUUUGUUAAUGUUAAAAUUUGUAUUCUUGCUGAAAUGUUUGUGUUUUAAUGAGCUGAGCUUUUUCAUCAAGUUUUUUGGGUUUGUUUUUCUUUAGUCAAAACCAUACUGGCCAUGUAUAUCCUGACUUUUCUUCGAUUUUGUCUCCAAAUUCACCUUCUGUACUGUUAAUAGCAAAAGAAAAGUCCUGAGGUGUUUCCUCUGUUUGAUGUGAAGAAGCUAUGAAGAAAAAGAUAAACAGAGGAUCAACAGACUGCAGUGAAACUAAUCUGUCAUUUUCUUGAAACACGAACUCACAAAUUCCCUAGUUAAGCUGCCAUUAACACCAUUCAAAUAAUGACAUGGAUCUAAUCUUAAAACCUUAAAAUAUUCUGGCAUUACUAUCAGCAAUUUUUACACAUUGAAUGAAAUCAUAUUUUAGAAUUGUCAAGGCUUGUUACCUGUAAAUCAGUUUCAUCAUAGUUAUUUAUAUCACGAUCUUGAUGCACAGAAAAAGAAGGAAAAAUUGCAAAGUAAAACAGCCCAAGUACUAAAUACCCCUAUGUGCACUGACAUUCAAUGCAGUGUUUUAAUUACUGCUGUGCCUUAGUAUUCCUCAUACACUGACAGCUUUUCCUCUCUUUGAGACUAACUACUAAUGAAUUAAGAUAGUGUGAUAUCGAGCCAGAUAUCCAAGCCACAUUAGACCAUUUGAGUUUGACAAGAAUAUUCAGUCUGAAUUUUAAUGUUCUUCUAUUUCCUUAAUGAUCAGAACAUUCUUUAUUAUUGUCAUCGGGCUGUUGAAAUUUUAUGGAGAAAGAAGUGUUUACUGAUUCACCUACGAAAUGCUAGGCAAAAUCUGGAUCAUGUUGAAGUACUUGGCAGAUCUCCCUAUGGCUUUUAAGUGGUGUCAAGAUUUGUCCAUUGUUAGGGGAGGCAGAUAAAUGAUCACUUAGAUCAUCAGGAUAAAAGAUUUUUCCUUUGAGUUGGAUACCUUUUUUUUACACAAACUCUUUUACUAACCUUCCCAUUUUGGAAGGCACAAUCUCAGAAUGGUAAUGCAAGUAGCUAAAUAGGAUGUUUUUAAUGGCAUAAGCUACUUACUUACUAUCAGCAUGGUACACAUAACUUUGCUGUACUGAAUAGUACCCUUGUUCAUAAAGAGAAUUUCUGUGCACAUGCUACAUGCAGACAGUGUUAGGAAAGGUUUAUAUUUGAUGAGGUACCAAUAGUAAAAUAGUGCCUGGAGAACAAAACCAAACCAAAGCAAACACAAACAACAGUUUUUCAUUAAAGUAAAUAACACACAGAAUUUUCAGGCUAUCUAAAUUAAGUUAUCAUAUUUUUCUCAGACUGUGGGACCAUCUGUAGCCUUACUGACUUCAGUGACUGCAGGUACAAUCCAAAUUAACCAUAAUCUUGUUUGGACAUAUUUUGUUUUGCUGAUACCUCAGAUUUUGUUAAAUCAAAGAAAAGGGCUGUAGCAAAAAAAAAAAAAAAAAAA